ACACCGCGCCGGGAGUCCCGCCCCGGGAGUGCUKCCCCGGCAGGCCCGCCCCGGGGAGCGGGGCCGAGCGCUGGGGUACCGGGAUGAGGACGGUCCCGCGUCUCCUUCCCCGAGGAGAAGGCGGCAGAUAGAGCCCGGCCCGGGAUGCGGCUGUUUCCCCCCGCACUGUGCGCAUCGCCGGGACCAGCCCGGCGCGGAGGGGUCACCCCAGGUACGGCCACACCGCCCCGACACCCGCUCCGGCUCGGCCAACCCGACCUUGUCUCGCCAAAGGCCGAACYCGGGAUUCGUCAUUCCUCCUGGAAAAAUGGCUGCGGCGUUGUGUUUCUCCGUGACACCCCGCUCCCCCUGAUGCACAGGCCGGUUUUCCUUGAGGAGCAGCAGAAUCCUCCCUCUGUGCGGUUCGUAGCACCACAGACCUCCCGAGUGCCGCCGCGGCAUCGCCAGCCUAAGGUUUCAUCCCACUUUUCUGUAAGUGCACGGUGCUGUCUCUUCCUUGGGAKUCAGGAUACAACAAGGAAAAUCCCCAGUAGAACAGGUUUGUCGGUGAAGGCAUCAAUGGAAAUGUGGAGCAGCAGCAGCACUGAGAAGUUUUACAGGAUCCCUGAAGGAAAGGGACCACACUCAGUUGGAUGUACAGACCUGAUGACAGAAGAUGCAGCUGAGGGAAGCUUCUUGCGCCUGUAUUAUCCAGCAUGUGAUGCCACAGACAUCGAAGAGGCACGAUGGAUUCCAGACAARGAAUACUAUCAGGGACUCUCUGACUUCCUGAAUAUGUACCGAGUUGUAGGAGAAAGGCUUUUCCAUUACUACGUUGGUUCAGUGACCUGUCCUGCAAARUCAAAUGCUGCUUUUAAGCCAGGAGAAAAAUACCCACUUCUCAUUUUCUCACAUGGACUUGGAGCUUUUCGGACAAUUUAUUCUGCUAUUUGCAUUGAGAUGGCUUCUCAGGGCUUUAUAGUGGCUGCUGUGGAGCACAGAGAUGAAUCUGCAUCAGCAACRUAUUUUUGUAAGAGAAGGUCCGUUUCUGAGUCACAGGAAGAGWCUACACCUAACAUGGAGAAGGAGUGGAUCUACUACAGGAAACUGAAAACUGGAGAGGAGGAGCGUUGUUUGCGCCAUAAGCAGGUGCAGCAAAGAGCACAGGAGUGUAUCAAAGCUCUCAAUCUCAUUCUUAAAAUCAAUUCGGGAGAGGAAAUAACRAAUGUACUACAUUCAGACUUCAACUGGAACAGCCUAAAGGAUUCUGUUGAUACUAGCAGAAUAGCUGUGAUGGGACACUCUUUUGGUGGUGCUACAGUUAUUGAGAGUCUCAGCAAAGAAAUAAGAUUCAGGUGUGGCAUUGCCCUCGACGUAUGGAUGCUUCCUGUAGGUGAUGACAUUUACCARAACAGUGUCCAGCAACCACUGCUUUUUAUCAACUCUGAAAARUUCCAGUGGGCCGAGAACAUCUUAAAGAUUAAGAAGCUUAUCUCCAAUGACACAAACAAGAAAAUGAUCACUAUCAAGGGGUCAGUACAUCAGAGCUUUCCUGAUUUCACCUUUGUGAGCGGAGGAAUCAUUGCAAGAUUCUUCAAAUURAAGGGAGAAAUAGAUCCAAAUGAAGCUAUUGAUAUCAGCAAUCAUGCUUCAUUAGCCUUCCUACAGAAGCAUCUGAGUCUUAAGAAAGAUUUUGAUCAGUGGGAUUCUCUUGUGGAUGGCGUAGGACCCAAUGUUAUUCCUGGAACCAAUAUUGACACWUCUCCAGCUGAACCAGAAUAAGGAAUAUGAAGAAGUAUUGAAAAUGCCAUGGACAUCAGGACAUUAAUGUUGGCCAGACAUUGCUCAGAGAUGUG